AUGUCUAUGUUAAAUAAAAAAUUUAUAAUUAAUAUUUAAAAAAUAAAAAAAAACUAAAAUUAAAUGUUUUUUGCUUUGUUUGAUCCUAUGUUUGAUUUGAGUGAAUUUUAUGGUAGACGUUUCACCCAUUCUGUCAAAUUUAUGAAUUUUAUUGGAUCUGUUGCUGAUCUUUGUUUUGGAUCCUGAACUAUCUCUUUGCCUAGCUAUUGAUAAGCUGUAAUCUUAGAUAAGUAUAGAUUACAGUUUGAUUGUUUGUUGAGUUUUAGAAAAUUACAGGUACUAGUUUCUUUGAUUUCAUGGUUGAUCUAUUGUUAUUGGUAAUUUUGGAACCUGAACUCUCUCUUUAUUGGUAUUAGUAUUUGAAUGUAUACUCAGGUGAAACCUAGUUAGGUUUAAUGUUUAUACUUUUGACAGCGUCAUGAUUCCGCCUUUUAGGCUUUUCCAUUUUUGUCUCCAAUUUGCAUUUCAAGGAGUUUCCAUUUUUCAUGUCUUUCUUCUUUGAUUUAAUAGGUAUCCCUUUGUAUUCAGUUUCCCGUCUUUGGUCUAAUUUUCUCACACCUCUUACAUGUUUUCUUGUAUGGGCAAGGUCUUAAGUCUCUCAUUAUUCCUUUACAUUUUUUCCUUAAUGCACAAGAGUCCUUUUAGAGUAUUUACUGAAAUGAAGAUGCAGAUAACUUAGAACCUGGAUCUCUUAUAAUUUCUUGAGCCAUGCUUGAUUUUAUUGUUGACUUCAUGAUGUAAAGUAAGAAGUGGACAUAUGCCAGACAUAUGCAGACUAACUGUUGUGUGCCUUGGUGUUUUGACAUAUGGAGUUAUGACUAAUUCUGCAAAUCUGACAUAUGGAGUGUGAACUAAUUGUAACAUUAUCACCACAUGUGUGUGUAUAUAUAUUUUUUUUCUGCUUCUUCAUUUCUAAUAAUAUCUCCAAUGCUACAAGGAGAGAUACCUAUGUUUUAAAAGGAUUAUGCUAGCAGUUGUAGUGCCAGUUCAAGAUGGCAUUAGUGUUUAGGCAGAUGAAAUUUGCUCUGUGGUUUAUCUUUAUGUCUCCACUAUCCAUUCAUUGAUUGCUAAAGGAACUGACCUGGCAUGUCGGAGAUUAGAAGAAGAAAUGCUUUAAAAUUUU